AUGUCGAUGGUUUUAGUAUCGUUUACAUCAUUUGCAACCAUUUUAAUAUUUACAUUAUCAUUAUUUGUAUCGCCAUCUUUUCGAGAUGAUGCUUUGCAACAGUUAAAAAAAUUUUAUCACACAACCGGAGAUAUACGAAUAAAUCAAUGGAAUAAAUUUUUAAAUAUAGUCGGAGAUGAUCCCGAAAUACUUUGGGGUUACGGGUCGUGGUUUGUUUUAAUAUUAACGUAUUGGAUUGUCGGCGGCGUGUAUACGUUUUUAGAUGUGACAAACAAACCGAAAGUAUUGAGACAAUAUAAAGUUCAACCGGGUACAAACGAACCCAUAACGUCUAGUAAUUUAAUUAAGAUAAUAUGCGUCAUACUUUUCAAUCAGAUAGUUGUUACCAUACCUUUGGCACAAAUAUUAGGAAAGAUAAUGAUAUGGAGAGGUACUCCACCCGUACGAAAUCUUCCACCUUUUCACACGACGAUUCUUGAAAUUUUAUUUUUUAUCAUCGUCGAAGAAAUUGCUUUUUAUUAUUCUCACAGGUUGUUACAUCACAGAAGAUUAUAUAAAUACAUACAUAAAAAACAUCACGAGUGGACGGCUCCGAUAUCGAUCGUCGCACUUUAUUCAAAUCCAAUAGAACACAUAUUGUCGAACAUACUUCCGGCAUUUUUAGGUGUUUUCAUAUUGAAAAGUCACGUGGCUACUGCUUGGCUUUGGUUCGGUUUGGCAAUUGCAUUCACGCUAAGCGAACAUUCCGGUUAUCACCUCCCAUUUUUUCCAUCUUCCGAAGCACACGAUUUUCAUCACAUGAAAUUUACGAAUUGCUACGGAGUUUUAGGACUUUUAGAUUGGAUUCACGGUACCGAUUUAGAAUUUAAAAAAACAAUGUCUUAUCCAAGACAUAGAAUAUUAUUGGGUACCACGUGCGCUCGACAACUUUUUCCAGAUUUUAAAGAAACGAAACAAAAAAAAAUUAAUUAA